AUGCCUAGUUCCGGUGUACAGGACGUUGUUGUUGCGGUAAUGACAGAACUACCACCAGAUAAACCAACAAUAAAAGCCGAAAAGGGCUGGUACGCAUCAGGGGACUCGCUGCGGGCACAGUGUACCUCCCCCCCAGCAGAUCCCCCAGCAAACCUCACGUGGCUGCUCAACGGUAGAGACAUCCAAGGCAAACCAAUAAUUCAACAAAGAAUACUACCGAGUCCAGCAAUCUCACUUGACCUGCCGCGAUAUGAUAGAAAUACAGCAGCCCCGGGCGAUGAGAACAGCAACAUCAUCUUCAGUCCCUGGAAAGCGUUCGGGCCUUUUGUUGAUACGGUUCAAGAUGAGGAGAUACUGCCGAGUCAAGAUACAGUGAUGUUUCCAACGCAGAAAGGCCUAGACAACAUUGAUGAAGACAUUACUGAUCCCAUUCCCACCGUAUCGUCUUCAAAAAAGGUAGCCUCAAUAAGCCAGCUGUCCUUCAUGGUGAGGCCAGACAGCUUCGAGCGUGGACAGCUGAGGCUAACCUGCAUCUCCACUGUCCACUCCGUGUACAACGAGCAGGCGGAGCUCGUGAUAAAUGAGGAGCGUCCUCAAAUCGCCUCGGUACUUGGUACGAGGGACCGAUCCUCAGGUCCCGCAGAAGCAUCAGCGCUGCUUGUGCUACUCAGCUUCACGAUCAGAGAAGUUUUAAGAGUAAUCCUGCGAUGAUGACUGCCCUGAUGCGAUAGUAUGAUUAGCGGAAGUUUUGUAAAUACAAGAGAUUUUAAACAAACUAUUGUGA